UCAGUCCUUGCGGGCGGUCCGGCUCGGCGGUGCGCCAUGGCCCGGAGCCUGGGCGGCCUCCCGCGGCGCGGCCUCUGGCUGCUCCUGGUGCACCACAUCCUAAUGGCCACGGCCUGCCAGGACGCCAACUACGGCACUCUCCUCCGGGAGCUCUGCCUCACCCGGUUCAAGGUGAGCAUGGAGGCCGUCGGGAAGACACUGUGGUGUGACUGGGGCAAGACCAUCGGGAGCUACGGAGAGCUCACAGACUGCACCAGGCAAGUGGCGGACCAGCUGGACUGCUUCUGGCCAAACGCGGCCGUGGACCAGUUCUUCGUGGCCAUCCACCGGCACUACUUCAGAAACUGCCCCGCGUCCGGCAGGGCCGUGCGGGACCCGCCCCGAAGCAUCCUCUGUCCCUUCAUCGUGGUGCCCAUCCUGGUGACCCUGCUGGUGACGGCGCUGGUGGUCUGGAGGAGCAAGCGCCCGGAGGGUAUCGUGUAGGCGCGGCCCCGGGGGCAGGCGGGGCAGGCGGGGAGCCCCGGCCUGGCCUGGGGAGAGCUUCCGGGGCCCGGACGGCAGCACAGGCCCCCAGCCCCCCAGCCCCCCCUCCUCUCCCCAGGAAGAGCUAUCAGGAUUUCGGGGUGGUUGCGGUACACGCGUUAACCUGAAAGGCCAGAGGUCGAAGCCACCGGGGUGGGGGUCCCAGGGGCUGGGGUGGGGGCAGGAGCGCAACCGUCACUAUUCCCGGGGAGGGUCCCAAGCUCUGUCUCCUAAUGUCCCAGCCUCAAGCCAGACUCUGGAUAAGUAGUUCGUGGUGAUUAAAAGGAUGUCCUCAGGGGCGUCUGGGGGGCUCAGUCGGUUAAGCGUCUGCCUUUGGCUCAGGCCAUGAUCCCAGGGUCCUGGGAUCGA